AAACAAUUCCAAGCAACUUCGCACGAUUCCGGUCAAAUUUGAGUCGUAGCGAGUGAAGAUGUGAGGGAAACGAGAGACUAAAUACGCUUGGCUCAUGCUUUUUAAAGCCAUCGCACAAGCUAGCUCUUUCGCCAUACUUGAUACACUUGUUGAGAAAAAUUUCCUUCUUUUCCCUCUCUCUAUCUACUCUCAAAGGCACCAAGAGUACAUACUUGUUAGUACUUUCAUUUCGUUUCGUUUGGUUUCGUUCACCUUGAUUUGCAAAAUGGAAAGAACAACGAGUCUACCCCUCCAGCCUCCAACUUUCGGAAAUUUGAUCACUAUUCUAAGCAUUGAUGGUGGUGGGAUAAGAGGGCUUAUCCCCGGAACCAUUCUUAACUUUUUGGAGACAGAGCUUCAGAAACUAGAUGGCGAAGACGCAAGAAUCGUUGACUACUUCGACGUUAUUUCCGGAACAAGCACUGGCGGCCUCGUUACUGCCAUGCUAACCACACCCAAUGAAAACAACCGCCCAGUAUUUACCGCAAAAGACAUCAAAGACUUCUACCUCCGUCACUGCCCCAAAAUCUUCCCCCAAGACAGUUGCCCUUUCACACCAGUUACGAAGAUGAUCAAAGCCAUGACGGGACCCAAAUACGAUGGAAAAUACCUUCACAAUGUGGUGAGGGAGGAGCUUGGAGACAAAAGAUUGCACCAAACAUUGACAAACGUAGUGAUACCGACGUUCGACAUCAAGACCCUUCAGCCAGCCAUCUUCUCAAGCUACCAGGUGAAGAAAGAUCCAAGCGUGGAUGCCUUGCUCUCGGACAUAUGCAUUUCGACCUCGGCCGCACCAACUUAUCUGCCGGCCCAUAAGUUUGAAACCAAGGACCCCACUGGCAAAGUGAGAGAAUUCAACCUCAUAGAUGGUGGCGUAGCCGCAAAUAAUCCGACAUUGGUCGCGAUGGGAGAGGUGACCAAGGAAAUCAUGGGAGGGAGUGUAGACUUCUUCUCUAUAAAGCCAAUGGACUACCGGAGGUUCUUGGUGAUCUCACUCGGGACUGGUACUCAGAAGGCAGAGGGGAAAUACACGGCACAUGAAGCAGCCAAGUGGGGAGUGUUGGGUUGGUUGACCAGCGGUGGUUCGCCAUUGAUCGACGUCUUCAGUCAAGCCAGUGCGGACAUGGUCGACUACCACCUCUCCGCCGUGUUUCAAGCCCUACACCUCCAGGAUAAUUACCUUAGGAUCCAGGAUGAUACAUUAACUGGUGUUUUAUCAUCUGUGGAUGUGGCCACGAAAAUGAACCUGAGCGACCUAGUCAAAACUGGUGAGGCAUUGUUGAAGAAGCCGAUCUCUAGGGCUAAUUUGGAGACCGGGGCGUGCGAGCCCACAUCCAACCAAGAGACCAAUGAAGAGGCUUUGAGAAGGUUUGCUAAAUUACUCUCCCAAGAGAGACUGCUUCGCCAUGCAAGGUCACCUCAUGGACAUGCCAAUAAACCGAAGUGAUUAUAAUCGAGGGCUAGCGACUUUCUUGCAUGAUUUGCUGGAUUUGUAAUUUCAAGAUGGAGACAAAGUAUUCAUCUUUUUGUUAAAUUUUGUCUUCAUUAGAAUUCUUUUGCUCUUGAAUAAACCGUUUGGGCCUAGGGCUAAGGUACACUUUUCUAUUUUUGAUUAAUCCCUUGGUAAGCUAGGGCUAAGAUAGAUUUUCUCUAAUUUCUUUCUCCAUUAUUCAUCAAUCAUCGGACACGGAUGGUUGUAAGCUAAUUUUCAAACGAAUAGAUUCUCAUUA